CUUGACCCCUGUUAAAUUUCUACAACAAGCAAACAACGCUGUUUACAGAUUUCAGGACCAGGAAUUUUGGGACUAGGAAUUUGGUUUUAUAUAACACUACACGAAUAUUCGCCUCUGGUGGAGCGAGAUGAUUUCGUCAUCCCCGCCUAUGUCGUCAUGGUUUCUGGCAGCACGUGCAUAUUGGCGGGAAUAAUAGGAUGGACAGGAACUGUUGGUGAGAAGGCAGCUCUUCUGAGCACGUAUUCAGGGUGCAUGGUUGUCAUCCUGACUGCAGAAAUAGCGGGCGCUGUUGUGGCAUUUCUCUUAUAUGACAAGACGACUGAGAAAAUAGAACCAAGAUUAAAUCUCACCUUUUUUACGAAGUACAACAAAGCACACGAAACAACCAAAGCGGUUGAUAAAAUGCAACGCGAGUUGCGCUGCUGUGGUGUAGAAGCUUACACUGACUGGACAGACACUCAGCCGUACGGACGGGAGAUAUCUCGCAUACCGGUCUCCUGCUGCAAGAAUACAUCCAAGGACUGUGAUUUUAAGAACAUCAAACCAGCACGAAAACAAGAGGAAAAUAUUUAUCAUCUAGGCUGUCUGUUUGCUCUUUCAUUUUGGAUGAGAACAAGACUCCUGGUCAUGGGAUGGAUCACCGCAGGAUGUGCCUGUUGGCAGGUGAUCGGUAUUUCGUGUGUCUGUUGCUUCCAUAAAGCCGUGACGGAUGGGUACGGCUGAGAAAUGCGUCAUGUCUUGAGAAAUCUGCGUCAUGAAUUUCAACUACAUCAUUCCUUCACCAUCAUUGUAAGAACGCCAGUGCUGUGCGGGUUUUGACAAUGACCUCAGCAGACGUAACUCAUACACGUGUCGAGUAACGGACUGGUGAUGCGUGCUAUGUAGGACAAAAACAGAAUGUCAACAGACGUGAAUUAACUGACCGACUGAUAAAUACAAAUGUAUAUCUUCGUCUUUUGGUCAUAUGAAUGUUUAUUUGUUUUCAGUUAAAAUGUUUAAUUACUGUCCUCACACCUUUAAGUAAAUAUGAAAAUUAAGUUUUUGAGAAGGAAAAAAGAAGGUAGAGAGAGAGAGAGAGAGAGAG